CAAUUCCGCCCAAAGGAGAGGAGGACUUUCUCGCGCUGGCCGCCUCCCGGCUCCGCUGCCGCAAGCGCGUCAUAGGAGCGGCAGUGGGUGUGGCCAUGGUGCUUAUUCUCUUGGUCGCCAUACCUCUGUUGGUCCAUAGCACCAAAGGGGGUGGAGCUGGAAGUGCAGGGAGUCAUUAUGAAAUGCUUGGCAGUUGUCGCAUGGUCUGUGACCCCUACACACCAUCGCAACAUGGCCAGGAAUUGACAUCUGUCUCACCGCGGCCUCCUGAGAUCACAAGCCGAAGAGGGAAGUCUGGAUACAGAGGGCCUCCAGGACCCCCAGGUCCACAAGGACCCCCUGGUGAGCCAGGAAAGCCUGGUCCACAAGGACCCCCAGGACCUGGUCCAAAUGGUUACGUGCCCUCCAUCUACACACCGAAGAUUGCUUUCUACGCAGGCCUGCGGAAGCAGCACGAGGGCAGCGAAGUGCUCAAGUUCGAUGAUGUGGUCACCAAUGUGGGCAACUACUAUGAACCCACUACUGGCAAGUUCACUUGUCCCCUCCCUGGCAUCUACUACUUCACCUACCAUGUUCUCAUGAGAGGAGGAGAUGGAACCAGCAUGUGGGCAGACCUCAAGAAAAAUGGACAGGUGAGGGCCAGUGCCAUCGCCCAGGAUGCAGACCAGAAUUAUGACUACGCCUCUAACAGUGUGAUCCUGCAUUUGGAUGUAGGGGACGAGGUGUGCGUGCAGCUAGAUGGGGGGAAAGUCCACGGGGGAAACACCAACAAAUACAGCACCUUCUCCGGGUUCCUCAUCUACCCUGACUGA